AUGUACCUCGUUGCAGCGCCGAUGCCAUUCAAAGGGAACAUGAUAGCACAGGCUGCUCUUUGCCAGCGUCCAUCAAGGAAUGGAUUGAGAGCCAGCAUACCUGAAGAGAGAUCAGGAGGAUUUUUGGCGCCUCGCAAGGUCAUCCUUCGACAUACCGAAUGGGAGGACCCACAACAGGGGAGUCCGGGCCACGAGAAGAAGCGCGGCUCCGAAACCAUCUCUGGGCCCGAUUUGACAGCUCAGAGCAAGGCAUUUGACUUGAGAUGGAGGAAAGAAGAGAAGGACGACCCGACGGCGACACUGUCCAAGUAA